UGAACGGUUCAUCUCCAUUCUCGACCCACGACUGCUACUGUACUCGCGCCAACGACAGGUUCCGCAAGAGAGCGCUUGUCAAAAUGGACGCAAAAGGUUCCUCGAUUCUGAUUGACCACUACGGAUCCAACUGGGUCACUAUGGGUCUUUUAAGUGGAAAUAUGAAUGAGAAUCUUGACUGGAAAGCCAGAUACCUAACGGAAAUUGGAUUCCAGGCCUUAAUCAUCCUAAGAGCCAGCGGCCUUACCAGCCUUCAGAAGAACACCAGUUUCGCCUCUGCUCCUCGAUCAGAACCAGUUCACAAGCCAGAAGUUACACGUUCUUCGAAAACAGGCUUUGAGAAAGCGGCAGCCAGCCGCGAAAAGGACAAAAAUGCCCACAGACGUCCAAAAACGAGUGUUACGCCUUCACAGAUGCAACAGACUUCCCCUGACACACCUCAUGGGCAGAGAACGCCUUCCAGUGGUUGCCAAGAAGCACUGCAAGCACGCAUGACGUCCCCACAAAAGCUUGAAACAUUGGCUGACAGCAGUAUACAAAUGAGACCAACUGACAGUUUCCUAUCGGAUACGAAGGGAAAUGAUCAACUCAGUAUUUCUGGACGUGCAAGGAAAUCUAAGCUUGCUUGUCAGUCACUCUUGUUGAGGCAUCUAAAAAUACAGUCGACGGGGCGCUUGAUCCAAAAAGUCCGAGAAAGAGCUUUCACCGAAAAGUCGACGAAGUACUGGCGUCUGCAGACGAAGGUUUGGUGACAUUUAAAAAAAAAAAUAACGAUUUAUAUUUAUCAACAUAGGAAAGGCAGCUUCUUGUAAUUAGUUACAAUCUAUUCAAUUAAUGUUAAUUUUAUACGGUUAAUGUGCAAAAUCUCAUAUGACAGCACUUAGAUGUAAGCUAAAUUACUGAUGUAUAUAAAUAUCCUCUUAAUAAAAUGUACAUUAUCUUCUUG